GAGAAACUUGAUAUAAAUAUCAAUCCUGUUUUAGAAGCAGAACUUAGAAGGGAUAAAAUCUCUUCAGAUAAAUCAAUUAGAUUAUUUGAUUUGCUUUUAUGCUUAAAAGAUGAUAUAGUGACAAUUCAGGAAAAAAUCAGUAUUAUUGGCUAUACUAAUCAAGAAAUGAUGAAAGAAGCCGAUAAAAAUGCAAAAGAUAUUUCUGAACUAGAUGUGGAAAAAUUAUCAGAAUUGCUGUCUGAAGUAUUUGAAUUGGAAGUAUCCGAAUUAAAAGUUGCAGAGAUAUUUGAUCUGUAA